GAUGUAUACGAUGAGGAUACUGCUAUUCGUGACAUAAUGGCGAGAGAGUCGGAGAGGUUACAAGAGAACGCCGCCAAGUUGGCGAGUGGACAGGAUCUCGGCGAUGGUGACGAGGAACUCGAUGACGAAGAAAUCGAAGAAGAGUUGGGCUAUAUCAGUCCUCUCGAUACAGUUGAUCCUUAUCUCGCAUUCAAGCGCUCUCUUUCCAUUUUCCAAAUGAAGAAUGCGCCUGGAUACCAGUUCUGUACCACCUCCCUUUCAAAGGACCAACAGGUCCUCUUGACUGAGGUCAUGACCCUCGCCGAACAAAAGGAAGCAGAGGUCGGGCCAGUGCAGGUUUAG